AUGGCGGCCAUCGAGCAAACAGAUCUUGGCGGAUCUUUCAAUGUCGUUUCGAGAGUCUUAUCCAAUGAGUCGUACGAUCAGGAUCGAGGGAUUUAUAUCGACGCUGAGGACCUUGCCCGAGCGUAUACUGCCUCAGAAGCUAGAACCUCUGUUCGAAAACUCAUUGCAGGACUCAAAGCUGCCGGAUUGAACAAAGGCGACUGUGUAUGUGUGCAUGCUUUCAACGAUGUUGACGUCGCGCAGGUCAUCUAUCCGCUGCUGUUCCUGGCAAUUGUGGGCGCAGGCGGUGUCUACACCGGCAGCAAUCCUGCCUAUACUCCAACGGAGAUGAUCCGUCAGAUCCAAUGUACCGACACACGUUUCCUCAUUUCAGAUAGCGAUGCUCUUGCGAAAGUCUCCAUGACGGCGUUCGAAAAUGUGUUGCCGGCGUCGAGGAUAUUCCAGAUCAAUGCCAAAGGGCAGCAAGCUCUUCCAGACUUCGCGACCUGGGAGACACUCUCAGGCCAUGGAGAAGGUGACUGCGCAAAAAUCUCCAGUAUCGAGGAGGCCAAAGGAACGACAGCCGCGUUACUCUCAACCAGCGGAACUUCUGGUCUUCCCAAAUUUGCGAUGAUUUCGCAUUACAACCUGACAGCGCAAAUGGAUAUGCUGAACGACAAAGAUCGAAAGCCGUACACUGGAGUAGCGACAUAUGUCAUGCGCCGAUUUGACCUCGAGAAGUUCCUUGCCUGCAUUCGCACACAUGAGAUCACAGAAACGACGGUGGUUCCCACCAUUAUCGUUACCAUCCUCAAGCGCACAUGCACCGCAUACGAAGAUCUUCGAUCACUACGGACCGUUUGGUGCGCGGGAUCCCCACUUGUGCAAAUCACACAGAAUGAGAUGUUCCGCCUUCUGCGUCCUACCGCAAGACUGAUCCAAUGCUGGGGCAUGACUGAGGCUGGUUGGAUCACAACAUUUUUGUGGCCCGAAAAAGAUCAUAGCGGCUCUGUCGGUCGGCUCUUGCCUGGUAUGGAAGCGAAACUCAUUCAAGACGGCGAGACUGUGAAAGAAGACCUUGUGCGAGGCGAGAUAUACAUACGCGGCCCGGUCAUCAUGCAAGGCUACAAAGACGACCCGGAAGCCACUGCCGCUACAAUUGACGAAGAUGGCUGGCUUUGCACUGGAGAUGUUGCAUAUGUGGAGCAUGGCAAGAUAUAUAUCGUCGAUCGCAAAAAGGAACUGAUCAAAGUACGUGGAUGGCAAAUAUCGCCUGCUGAGCUUGAGGCUCAGUUGAUAUUGCAUCCUAGCAUCAAAGAAGCUGCGGUGAUCGGUGUUUCUUCCGUCGAAGGCGACACGGAGCUUCCUCGAGCCUACGUCGUUCAAGUAUCCGGAGCCCAUGUUACUGAAGAGGAGAUCAAGACGUUCAUGUCCCUAGAUCUCGCAAAAUUCAAGGCGCUCACGGGUGGUGUGAUAUUUGUCGACGCUCUACCAAGGAAUGCGAUGGGCAAGAUCAUUCGACAGGAUUUAUCAAAACUUGCAGCACGUGAGAACGAGAACCAACAGCAUCUUACCAUCAAUACUACCACCGCUUACACAGAGCAGUUGCCUGCGCUGCUUUCCGGUGAAUCUAUUCAGUCAGCGACAUCCAGUUUCGAGUGGCCGAAUGAUGAGACCAUCACACAGGCUUCCUCAAUGACUCCUUCAUUGGCUACCGAUUCUCCAACCUUUAGCGACAAUGAAAAGGACGAGCAACAGUUCCUUACACCAGACCAUGAAUCCACGUUGGUGGAGACAUUCCAGUCGACCCAAAAGGUGAAGGAUGAGACAGAGACUACGAAAACCGCAGCGACACGGGAAGACGAGCUACCAGGGGUACUGGAUCUGACUCAUAUCGCCGGCAUGAUACAGGUCUACGUGACUAUUCAGAUAGAAUGCGAGUUUGCAUACGCAACUACUCUGCUUGUUAGGGUAGAGGAUGAAGCCGGAAUGAUAGACUGGUGGUGGAAGCAUAAUGUACAACAAGCAUUGUUUUUGAACAGGGCACAGGAUGUCAUGAAAGCUGAUAGUCUGCUCAAUACGAUCGUUUUGUACUUGCUACAAGUUCCAUAUAAAGUUAGUCCUUGA